AUGGUUCUGAUCUGUCAAGAAGCUCUGCAGCUCCUUCGAAGCCACCAGUUAGAUAAUUCGGAAUCAAAUUCCAUCGGCGAAGGGAAGGUGAAGAAAUUGUACAAUUCGUUUGAAUCGUCGGCAGAUCCCAGGGAGAAUAAUAAUUCAUCGAUGAAGCCCCUCUGGAAACACAUGUCGGAGGAAUUGCUUUUAGCUGAUAUGGAUCCCAACGUGGUUUCUAGUUUCAGACGGGCUAUGUCGUCUAGGCAACUGGGUAUGAAUCAAUCGAAGAUAUUGAGGCCGCUUGUGGGUUCGAGCUCUAGGGUUUCACCUUUAUCCGAUUAUCGUAAUCGAUUACCCGGAACAGAGGAUAAGAUUGUUGUGUAUUUCACCAGUUUACGGGGAAUUCGAAGGACUUACGAGGAUUGUUGUGCUUUCUGGAAGAUAGAAAUUGAAGUUCAUUUUUCUGAUAAUGCAAUGUCACCUAUUUCCGGUGGGUUCAGAUCGACGGAGGUUUCCACUUUAUUGCAGAAACCGCUUGCUUCCUUCUUGGCAACGAUAGUUGCAGAGCAGUGGUUUUGUAGGCAGAAGGAUGGAUUGCGAAGUAGGGUUUCACUUUUUCCCCUUGAUGGUUGUCGCGGCUUAGAUGAACGCUGCAAUGUCACCCAUUUCCUGUGUGGUUCAAGUAGAUUUGUGGAAGAAGAAGAAGAGAGCGAGAGAAGAGCAAGGUCGAGACUUUGGGAAAUUUGGGAUUCAAAUCGUUUUGAAACCCUUGUGUGUAAUGGCCUAAUGGGUUGA